CAACACCUCCACACCUGUGGCUCGCAACUGUACAAUAUUUUCCUUUUCUUUGCGCUUCUGUAUUUACGGAGUUUCCUGGGUUCACCAAUCGCUCCCUUCGGCCGUCGCGCGCACUAGGAGGCAUGCAAAGCUCUCGCAGGUUCAGUUCUAGUACUCGGUAAUUUGUGGCGGCAUCUGUUGCGCUCCUGACGCGGCGGGUGAUGCUGGAGCGGGCCUCGACAUGCCUCGAAACCGGCAGACGCCAGCUCUUCCGAGCCACCAAGCGAUGCCUGCGCAGUCGCCGAAGGCUACAUUCCUCCUUUUGGCACCACGGUGCAAGCAACCUGAACCUACCCAUCUGGUGGGCAUCUUCCACGAUAUCAGACCACGCCAAUGGUGACGUCGAAAACCUGGAGCGGACCAAGACCGCCGCCACCGCUAGAUACCACGAUGGCCCAUUCCUAGAAUUUUUAUACCCAGAGAAGACGCUCGCACUCAUUCGGCGACUGUCUACAUACGGUUCUGACUCGGUGGUAGUACGGCGGAGGCAGAUGAACGGGUCCCGCAUCCGACAGUUUUCCACCUCCCGGUGGCAGCCCACGGAAGACGAAGCAGUGGCGGACUCGGAGGCUCUCCAGGCCAAGGAAGAGAUGGAGGAGUUGCUUCUCACGACAAGCGCGGACAAUGCUCUGCAGCACCUUCUUAGCACGGAACAACGUGGCAAGCAGGAGUUGGCGUGGCAGCUCUACCUGGCGAUUCCGGAGCGCAGCCGAUCUACGGAAUUGCAAAAUGACCUCCUCGAGUAUCUUGCAGUCCAAGACAGAUCAAAGGCCGCAGGCCGCGCGCUCCGGGUAUUUGAUGCGGUACUGCGCGAACAGCGCCGGGCUUCCUCAUACCGGAUAGCAAUAUCCGCGUAUGUGGCCCUAAAGAUGGUGGGACCAGCCAUCCAGCUCUACGAAGAAGCCGCGGCGCAUCCUGGCAUUGAUACGCUCCGCGUUGGCAUAGAUUCCGUACUCCAGCGGACCGUGCAAGACGAUCAAUGGGACCUUAGUUUGCGUAUCUUCAGGACCUUCCUCAACCAAGCCGCUCGUCUCAAAAUUCCUGUCCGUACGUGGAAUCGUCGACAAUACAGGAAGAAUUUCGCGACUGUCUGGGGUAAGGUCUCGCAGCUGCCCGAUCUUGUCGACCAUUGGCAGUCUUUGCUUGACCAUGUUCGACAGUUCCAGCACGAACUCAAAUCUACAGAUAAGAACAGAGAGGCUCUAAGUCUCUUUGUUGUCGGAUUAGUACCCGAGGUCAUGAACCAGGUCAUACAUGUUCCGAACCCGGACGAGGAUCUUAUCUGGGACUUCUUCAUCCAGCUUUUUCGCGACCUUCGCUCCCUCGAACUCCCAACUACGCCGCUCUAUGAGUACAUUAUACCCGCAAUAUUAGACACUCCGCGGUAUCGACAUUACACCAACCAGCGCAAAAUCGUCCUUGAAUUGUAUCGAGACUAUCAGCAACAAAGUUUGCAAAAUUCGGGACAGCGGCCAUCGCGAUAUCUGAUUAGCAGACUGAUUGUACAGCACGGAGAAAAGGAUAGUAUGAUUCGCGUCGAUGAUAUGGUCAAGGACUUGAGAACGUUCCAUCCCACGGACCCCUUUACACCGCAAAGCCUGUCAUACCUCAUUCGCUGUCAUGCCAAGCAUGGAGAUAUCGAUCAUGUCCACGAAUAUUUCAACGAGCUUUUGUCAAGAUACCGACAAUGCGUGGAUCUGAAGAUUCUCUCAUCGCUCCCAUACGCCUAUGCCCGUCGUGUCGAUGUUCCGGGUGCUAUGCAGCAGUUCAAUCGUAUCAAGGAAGAAUUCGGAUUGGUGCCGGAUAUUGCCUGUUGGAAUGCUCUGCUUCUUGCUUAUACUCGAGCGGAGGAUCUGGACGGCGCCCUUGAAUGCUUCAACAAUUGCCUGGAAUCCGGCAUGCAGCCCGACCUCUACACCUUUGGGCCCAUGCUUGAUUUGUGCGCUGAGAGGGGCGACAUCGAAGCAUUUGAGGCUCUAUACUCCAGAGCCAAGCAGCUCAAUGUACCCGUCGAGACGGAUCGCCGAGCAAGAUCAGGAUAUGUCCAGGCGUUCUUGAACGCAGACGAUCCCGAAGGAGCUGAAGCAAUCGCGCACGGUAUGCUUCAGAGCUGGCGCUCUGGAACGCUUCAAGGGAAUUCACUCACGCACACCUGGAAUAUCCUCGUCUCGUAUUACGCUGUUCUGGGAGACCUCGCCAACAGUCGACGAAUCUAUAAGCAGAUGAUCGAUUACAAGAUUCCGCUUGACUCUUGGACGUACUCCGGCCUGAUGCGCGCUUUGGUCGAGUCUAAGCAGACGAACGCGGCAUACAAGAUACUGCGGACGACGAUGCCAAUGAAUAACGUGCGCGUCCAUGCUUUCCACUACGCGCUCGUCAUCUCCGGAUUCAUCCACGAGCAUCAAUACGAUCAUGCCAGGCGUGCGUACAAGCGAAUGGAGGAGCGAGAAGUUCCGCAAACUGAGAGUUCUCGCCAAGCUUCACUGCUGGCUAUAGGUGUUACGGAGCUUGAAGAGCUCAGAAAAGGAAAGGAUAAGGACCCCCGCGCGCGUCUGGUAGCUGUGGAAGAGAAGUUAAGAGAAAGUAUACUGGCCGAUUACGGAAGCGAAAGAGCGCACGAUCAGCCCAGCCACAAGAGAUAUAUAGACUUUCCCGAGCUCAGCAACAUACCUCAGGGGUAUUUUGCCCUUGUAAUAAUGCUGUACACAACCCGAGGAGCGUACGAUAUCUGCAAGCAGCUAUUCGAAGCAGCCAUGAAUGCCAAAUCCGGCAGUGAGAAUUACGAAGCCCCAAUCGCCCUUCUUACCGCCAUCAUGGACGCGCACCUCAAAGCCAAAGAAUACGACGAGGUAGAAAAGUGCUGGGAGCUCGCCCGGACGGAAGCGGGCAAACUCGUCAAGACCUUCCAACAAGCCAUGCAUCCACAACCGCCUACCCCGGAAUUCGACUCCAUCACUGACCCCGCCAUCUGGGAAGCGUUCCAGGCCUCACGCACCGCCGUCAGCCGCCGACAAAUUCUCUGGCGCGCUACCCGCAUCUACAUCCGCAGCCUGCUCGCGCAACAAGACCAGAAAUGCCUCCAGCGAGCCCAGCGCACUAUCCGCAACCUCCUCACUCACGGCUUCAUCGUGGACAACCUCACCUGGAACGAGUUCAUCCAGCACCUUGCGCUCCGCGGGCGCAUCAUCGACGCCUUCUCUGCGUGCGAAAUGUACCUCAUGCCGCGCUUCCCCGGCUGGGCUCAGCUAAACCCGUAUUACAUCCGGCACGACCGGCCGGGGUACUUCUGGAUGGAGCUCCGUCACUACGACGUCAAGCGCACGAGCGUGCUGCCUAGGUAUAAGACACUGGUUGUGCUCGGGGCAGCAUAUGCGCAGAUCAAAAGAGAUGAGCAGAAUGGGUUGGGGUAUAAUGCGGACAUGGGGGGCUGGACGAGAGAGGUGCUGGAGCAAAUUGCCCCGUUAACGAUUAGGGCGAUUGAAACAAUGCCCAGGACGGGUGACGCAUUGCAGGAGAGAUAUUUGCAGGAUGCGUAGUCCCUCUGGGGCGCAUCUCAUGUACAUAUGUGUAACGUUUUGUUGGUACGUGUACCGAUAUGUAUAUAUAGAUUCUGUUUGUUGUACAGUAUGAUGAAGGCGAAGUAUAUAGAACACGACCAGGACAUCACUUGUGUCACG